AUGGAGGCGAUUAGUGGUGGGUUCGGUCCAAGUGGGAAGAGGAAAAUUUCAUACUAUUAUGGCGGCGACGCGGCGGUGGCAAAAGCUAAGGCCGAUGAGUCGCUCCGCCUCUUCUUCGCCGGCCUUCGUAUUCCCGAGCACCAUGCGGAUCACCCGCUCUUCCGCAACAUGUUGAGGGCGGUGGCUGAGGCAGGCCCCGGCUACGUCCCCCCCGGCCGCAAGUACGUUGGCGGCGCCGGCCUCCAGCAGUGCCGCAUUCGGAUCGAGGAGGGGUUGGGGCCCAUCAAGAAGACUUGGGGGAAGCAGGGUGUCACCAUUGCGAGCGACAUGAUGACUGAUCGCAACGGGCGCGCACAGGCGAACGUGCUCCUGAUCAACGACGAUGGGGCGAUGUUUACAGAGAGCAUCGACUGUGGGAAGGAUCUAAAGACGGGCACCUACAUUGCGGACAUGUUACGGCCCAUCGUGGAGGAGGCGUUGCGUCCAGCAGGGACUCGCUUUGGCACUCAGUACAUUGCGAUGUCGAGGUUGUGCGAGUUGGAGAAGAAGCUGAUUGUGCUUGUGACGGGCGACCUGUGGAAGGGGUGGGCGGUGGGGGACAGGGAGGAGGGGGCCGAGAAGUUUGCAAAGGAGGUGAUUGAUCCGGCUUGGUGGAAGUCUGCUGCCUUCUUUGUAAAGCUGCUGCAACGGCCCUAUGAGGUGAUGUGCAUGACGGAUUCGACUAGACCUGGGAUGAUGGGCCGCAUGUACGACCUCAUGCUGCAGCUGACGGAAGAUAUGGAGAAGGUGCUGGAUGCGGAUGAGCAGCAGCUGAGCAGGGCGGAAAAGUUGCGGAUCUCACGCAUUCUGAAGGACCGCUGGGACAACAGCCUCGCGUGUGCCAUGCACGUGGCUGGCCGGAUCUUGAACCCACUUAACCAGGACGAGGAAAUAUUCGGGGUCGAUGUGGAGUGCACCAAGGUCUUUAAGGAGUUCAUUGCGCGCGCCCAAGACUUCUACAAGAAGUAUCCCGCCAUGAGUGGAGUGGUGGGGAGGGAGGUGGAUUUGGAGGUGGCUGUGACGGCGUACUUGGAGUCGAGGGGGAGUUGUGGGAUGCCAAAGGCUAUGGAGACCCGGGAGAAGGUGAAGCAAGGGAAGCAGACGAUGGAGCAGUGGUGGAUGUGGCAUUGCACUGAGUGGCCCGAGCUGGCGCGCCUUGCACGUCGUGUUCUGUCCCAGCCCGGGUAUGUCGUGGAGGACGAGGAGGAGGAGGAGGAGGCGGAUGAGGCGGAUCCGAAGCAGAGCGUCUCUCACUCUCGCAUCCUGGUGUUUGGCUUGAGAGCCUCGCACACCAACCAUGCUCUCCUGCUGAUGUGUCCGACUGACCACCCACCUUUCCCUCUUUCCACUCUCCCCCCAUUUCCCCCACCCUCGUCCGCUACGCUACAGGCCGACUCUCGCCCUCACUUCCUUGUCUUUGGCUUCACAGACCAGCACACCCCCCACGCUCGCCUGUACCACACCAUCCACCUUUCCCUCUUCCCCCACCCUUCUCCCCCCACCCCUGCCCCCAACCCACAGCAGAGCCCCUCUCGCCCUCGCUUCCUGGCUGUCGCUCGCCCUCGCUUCCUGGUGCUUGGCUUCUCAGGCAAACCAACCACUAACGUGCGGAUGGAUGUGGAGGAGGCAGCGAGGAUAGCCCGCAUGUCCGGCCGCAUUCUGCCUACUGGCACCCCUCUUCUCCCAGGCUGUCGUGCUUUGAUGCUACGCCUGCCACGUGGCUGUCGUGCCUACAGCCAUGUCUCUCUCGCCCAUCCCCUCCCCCCCUGCGCCUACUGGCACCUCUUCAACCUCUCCCAGGUGGGCGACAGUCACGUCUCUCUCGCCCAUCCACUACCCCUCUGCGCCUACUGGGACCUCUUCAACCUCUCCCAGGCCGCCACACCUAAGGUCAAUGCCGCCCCCAGUGUCAAAGGCAGCCCCGAGAAGAACCAUUCCAACGCCUCCCAAGCCUCUCAGUCGCCCGAACAACUGCCAAGCCUGCCCCACGUGGCUUGGAUGUCGCCGGACCUCUUCCUGCUGCUCGCCCGUGCUGCUGCUACUGCCUCUCCCCCAACCAACGGCUCUGAUACCAGUGGCUCGAGUUCCACUUCGGAUAUUUCGGGCGUUGCUGGGCUGAGAAGCCCUGCGGUGGGCUUCGUGUGGGUGCAGCCGCGGCACGCCCAGCAAGCCCCCUUCCUCCAUGAGCCCCUAUCAGCCAUCAUGGGCCAUCUACUGCCAUACGCCAUGGGGCACGUGCCUCUCCCCUCCAACACGCUCGACCUGCUCCUCCCAGUGCGAGCCGAUGCUGUGCAAGUGCUCAUGCAGGCCUGGCAAGACAAGGACGUGGUGGUGUGGGUGAAGGCAGCAGCAGGCAUGAUCGAGUUCGACCCGCCCACGGGCAGCCUCGCCUUGGAAUCUCUGCCGUACAGCGGGCAGCUGCAUGUACUCGCUACAAGCCUGCUCGCAGAGGGGAGAAGCGACAAGGAGCUUGGAAUUCAAUCUCAGAAGGCCUCAAAACAAUUUCAAUCACUUCCCCCCACCUCUCCUCACCACUCCCCCCCUCUCCUCACCACCCUGUGA